AUGUCCGACCUCUCGUCACGAUUUCAAAGCCUUCGCGUCUCCCUCAAGGGUGGCGAAGUCGUCGAUGAGGAUCUUGGCGGCGCCAUCGGCCACGACUCUGUAGGUGGUGGCGGCCGCAGCACCGUCCGCGCCGACCAUGAGAUUGCCAACCUGCGCGUCAGCCACGCCCUGCGAUCCUUUCUCGUCGACCGCGGCGUUCUCUCGAAGCAAGAUGCCAAUCUUGACGAUGAGAGCGACGACGUCCGCACCCCGGCUCUCACCGCCCUGCUCGCCCACGGCGACUUUGUCGCGCCCCCGGAGCUCGUCGACCGCGACCACCCGCUGCCUGAGUACUUUGUGAGCUCCUCGCACAACACCUACCUUAUGGCACACCAGCUCUUCGGCAAGUCUUCCGCGGAGGCGUACGAGACGGCGAUCCGCACCGGCUCUCGCUGCGUCGAGAUUGACGCCUGGGACAAUAGCGACGACAAGGACGAGCCGAAGGUCACCCACGGGUACACGCUGGUGUCGCAUAUCUCGUUCCGCGCCGUAUGCGAGACGCUUCGCGACAUGCACGACGAAGAAGCCGCCAUCACCGCCAAGCAUCCCGACCACGGCCCCACGCCGAUUCUACUGUCCUUGGAAAACCACUGUGGCCCCGAAGGCCAGAAGCGGCUGGUCGAAAUCAUGCAUGAGGUCUUGCAACAUCGUUUGCUUUCGGAGCCUUUACGCCAGGAGCUUGUCGAGCGCCAUGCCGAGGAACACCAGGCCGAUGGCCGCUCGCACGACCCAGCUGAGCAUGUUACCCUCAGAGAGCUUGGUGACAAGAUUGCCGUCAUUGUCGAACACCACUUUAGUGACGAUGUCCUCGACAGCGACUCUCAGAGCGAGGACGACGAAGACGAGGAAUUUCAGGAAGCUGAGCGAAGGGCUCGUGAGGCAUACAAGCUCAAUAAAAAGAACGAGGCCAAGACCAGCUCCGUCAUUGUCCCUGAGCUCGCCGCCCUCGGCGUGUAUGCGCAAUCUGUCAAGCCCCGCGACAACUCGUGGUUUGACCCAGGCGAGCUUCUUGACGGGCCUCACCAUCACCUCAUCAACGUUUCCGAGUCCGGUCUCUCCGGCCACCUCCCCGCCAACACGGCCAGCAUCGCCGUCCACAACGGCAAGCACCUCAUGCGCGUGUUUCCCAAGGGCACACGCAUCAGCUCCUCCAAUCUCAAGCCCGUGCGCUUUUGGGGCCUCGGCGCGCAGAUCUGCGCCCUCAACUGGCAGACCUUUGGCACUAGCAACCAGCUCAACGACGCUUUAUUCGCCGGUUCCGACGGCUACAUCCUCAAGCCGCCCGCGCUGCGGCAAGGUGGCAGCGGGUCCCUGGCGACAGGCCGCAAGAAGCGUUUGCGUCUGCACGUCGGCGGCGCGACCGACAUUCCGCUGCACGCCGACCGCGAAGGUCAUACGCUCAAGCCAUACCUAACGUGCACGCUGCACAGCGCGCUGGCCGAGAGCAGCAGCGACACUCCGAAGCGCAAGACGGAGGCGUACAAGCACCACAAGCUGGGCUUCCUCCACAAAGGCGCCAACCCGCCCAACACAGAUCCCAUCUGGGACGAGACGCUCGAGUGGACGUACGAGGACAAUGAGUUGGUGUUUCUGCGUAUGCUCAUCAAGAGUGACGACGCGUGGGCGCGCAACCCCAUGUUUGCCGUGGCGGCGGUGCGGCUGUCCUAUACCAGGCCGGGAUGGACAUUUGUGAGAAUGUUGGAUAUGCAAGGCAGGGAGACCAAAUGCACAGUGCUGCUGAACUUUGAUAUUCAGGAUGUUUCUGCUGCCUAA